GUGGUAAGGUGUGUGUGUGUGUGUUUGGGGGUGGGGUGGGGGCAACGUAGGACUUUCCCAUCUGUGUUCAUAUUCCACAGCAAACACAAGCAGUCAGCUGAUGUGGAAAAGUUCCCUUACCUGCUCUAUCUGGCUGUGAAAAGGGUGGAGGGAUGUUUGACACACUGUAUGAAUGCUUCUGGUCAGAGAGACUAUGGUUGCCUGUGGGCUUAACAUGGGCUGACCUGGAAGACAAAGAGGGCCGGGUCUAUGCCAAAGCCUCCCAUCUUUAUGUGACUCUCCCCUAUGCCUUAGCAUUUUUACUCAUCAGAUACCUAUUUGAAAGAUGGAUAGCAACACCACUUGCAGUUUCUGCUGGAAUCAAGCAAAGAAUCUAUCUGAAAGCUGAGGAAAAUUCUGUCUUGGAAUUCUAUUAUGCUACUCAGUGUCGAAAUCCUGCUCAGGCUGACAUUGAUGGGUUGUCUAAGAAAAGCAGUCUGUCCACAAGACAAGUGGAGCGCUGGUUUAGAAGAAGACGCAGACAGGACCGCCCUGGAAUUCUAAAGAAAUUCACAGAGGCCAGCUGGCGAUUUGUUUUCUACCUGUCUGCAUUUAUUGGAGGAAUGGUAGCACUGCAUGAUAAAGAAUGGCUUUAUGAUACUAGGGAAGUAUGGACAGGUUUUCCCAAGCAGACCAUGCUAGAGUCUCAGUACUGGUAUUAUGUCUUGGAGAUGAGUUUCUAUGGCUGUCUUCUCUUCAGUGUUGCUUUUGAUGUCAAGAGAAAGGACUUUAAGGAGCAAAUCAUCCACCACUUGGCCACUCUGGUCCUCUUAUCAUUUUCCUGGUGUGCCAACUACAUCCGUGUAGGAACACUGGUUAUGCUUAUCCAUGAUGCUUCAGAUGUUUUGCUAGAGUCUGCCAAAUUAUUCAACUAUGCCAAAUGGGAGAAAACCUGCAAAACUCUCUUUGUUUUGUUUGCCAUAGUGUUUAUGGUAACACGACUGAUCAUCUUUCCAUUUUGGCUGAUCCACUGUACUUGGGUUUACCCUGUUCUCUAUUACCCUGCCUUCUUUGGCUACUACUUCUUCAACACAAUGCUGGUGGUCCUGCUUUGUCUGCACAUUUUCUGGGCCUACCUCAUUCUACGCAUGAUCAGGAAAUUUAUGUUUGGCACACUAACCAAAGAUGAAAGAAGUGACAAUGAAGAGGAAGAUGGGGACGAAAGCAGCUCAACACAGGAUGAAGUUGAACAAAGGCACAAGCCUGCCGGACCACUGGUAGCUGAUAAGUAUGACGAGAACGGAGGCACUAGAUCCUUAUCUCCACCAGAGAACAUCUGCUGGUCAAAGACUGUGUGCUGACUCUUAUUCACUACUCUCAGUACAGGACAAGAAUCCAGAAAUAGACUUUGUGUUUUGCUUAUCAAAAAAGACCAGCGAACCAAACAUAUCACAUAUACAUGUAUUAAGUAACACAAGCCAGCUGUUGCCCUCCACGAUAGUCCAUAAAAUUUAGACAAAGCUUCACUUAAACAUUUUAUUCAGAUUUUAAAACUUAAAAAAAGCUCUUGACUACGUGCAACAGAAUUUGAGUUUGAAACAUGCCUCAUGUGAGCAAAACGGAUUCUUACUCAGAGCUGUAUUUAUGUCUGAAAACAAACUCGAUAUGAACACAAGGCCAAGUUUAGAUGUUUUUCAGAUUUAAGUUAAUUAUUUUCCCCUCUUAAAUGUAUCUACUACAAUCCAGUUUUCUAUUAAAUUUUGCAAUACCUACUUUGGUCAACCACACAAAGAUUGCAUUUUUACAAUAAAAGUUUUAAAAUUAUUCCCAUAUUUAAGUUUUUUUUUUAUUGUACUUGUACUGUGUUUUUGGAAAGCAUAGAAUAGAAUUUUAAUAAUGAACACAUUUGGAUUACAUUUUUUCUUUUCUACAAAAAAGAAACCUGUUGGUUUCCAUUCCAAGGUUUAAAAAAAAAGAAAAGAAGAGAGAAUACAAUCAAACAAACCAAUCCCACUAACACUUGGAAUAAUGGUUUAACUUGGGUUGAUAACUGCAGUAACUGUCACUGACCAAAUCAGCCCUUUUAGUAGUUUAGUUUUGUUAGGUAUUCAUUCAAAACACCAAGAAAGGCCACAGUCACCUGAUUAUGGUCAUAACAACAUUUUAGUGUGAGUUUACAAGAUGAACUGUAGGGAAAAAGUAGCAUCCUUGUUACCUCUAUCAGCUUUUCAGAUGUCAUGGUCUUCCUGGAAUCAUAAGCAGCAAGUUCACUGUCUGAAAGAGGUAAGUUACAGAAAAGCAGUUGAGUUUUGAAGCAUGUGUGCAUUAGUAACUCAGGGGAACUGAAAUACAUUACUGAAAUGUUUUGUGUAGGGACUCAUUUUUUACUUAAUUUUAUUUCUCGCCUGUCUUUUUUUUUUUUUUUUUUUUAACAUCUGGUUCUUAUUCAGCGUGACAGUAAGACAAUACCACCAUGAGGCCAAAGAGAAGUAUCGUGUUACUUGUUGUUUCUCCAGUGACUAAAAAAAAAACAAAAAUAAAACCUACAUGGAAAGGACAAAAUGGUAAAGUGUUAUAGGUUUUAGACACAAAAAAUAAAAAUAUUUUUUUUUUUAAUAUAUAUGGUCAAAACCAAAAACCAGAAUCUGUCCAUAAACUGUUGUGUUCAUUUUCUUUUCUUAAAGGAAGUACAUCUUUUAAAAGAUGCAAUUCGCUUCAGUAGUUGAAAUUACAAGUUACAGUGUGCUGGACCUCGAUGUGAACCAGCGGUCUACUUCACAAAAAGGAUGACCCUUAAAGCGGGUAAUACAGUUUUAUUCUACAACAAUAUGACUCUCUUCUUCCGAUGUCUCCCGACUGGAUCUUCUCCUGCACUUCAUUCCCUUCUCCUCUUCCUCUGCCCAUCGAGUUUGUUUUGUGCUGUAACUCAAACCAUAAUCAUAUCGCUGUCAAAUCUGUACCCUGGACUUUUUUCAUAUUUGUUGACUAUACCGUUCAUAGUGUUCUGCAUUGUUCAAGAGAGCAUCAGCAAACUUGUUAAAUUAAAUUUCUGGACAUUGAAGAUCA